GGAUUGCCUACAUUUAAAUAAAACUGACAUAACUGGUCACUGACAAGAACUAAUUCGCAGGAGCUCUGACCGGUGUUCUCCCACAUGGCUGGUUGAUCAGUUGCCAAAGAAGGCGCAGCAUGUAACUGACAGCAUGACGUCAUCCAGUCACGGCAAUAUAAUCGCUUGGAGGAAUUAAUAUGGUAAUUUACAGUUCCUGAAUUUAUCUUGCGUGGAGAACUUACUCAAGACUAUCCCAACCAUUCAUCCUGUAUUUACGUUACAGCGUAAUUGACAAUGGAUACAGCAACCAGCAAAAGCCUUUGCCAUAAUAAUUUGGUGAAGAGAAAUGCAGUGCUAGUGAAUGGAAUGUAUCUUAACGGCCCAACACUGGACAUCAAGGCAACCUAUACGUUUGUGGAGGAUGCCAUAUCGCUGAUCCUUGAUGAGGCAGUGAAAAAGGGCACAGACAUCUUGGAAAAGGUGUGUGAGUGGCAGCCUCCAGAGAAGCUGAGAGAGAUCCUGGACCUGGAGUUGAGGGAGGGGGGCGAGACCCAGGCCAAGAUCCUGAAACGUUGCCAGGAUGUCAUACGAUACAGUGUAAAAACAGGUCACCCACACUUCUUUAACCAGCUGUAUGCUGGGAUGGAUCCCUAUGCCCUGGUGGGACGCUUCAUCACUGAGACCACAAACCCAAGCCUGUACACAUAUGAAGUGGCCCCCGUGUUUGUGCUGACAGAGGAUGCAGUGCUGAGGAAGAUGAUGGAGUUUGUGGGAUGGGAGGAAGAGGGUGACGGUAUCUUCAGCCCAGGUGGCUCCAUUUCCAACAUGUAUGCAGUAAAUGUGGCCCGAUACCGCUGCUGUCCCGACAUCAAAGAGCAUGGUCUGUCUGCCAUGCCCAGGCUGGUCCUGUUCACAUCACAGGAGUGCCAUUACUCAGUAACAAAAGCUGCUGCCUUCCUUGGAAUUGGAACCAAGAAUGUCUAUGUGGUGUCUUCUGAUGAAAGAGGAAAAAUGAUUCCUGCAGAGCUAGAGAAACAGGUGCUGAGGGCCAAAGCAGAGGGUGCUUGUCCCUUCAUGGUUAAUGCCACUUCAGGAACCACUGUGCUGGGAGCCUUCGACCCCCUUGAGGAGAUCGCUGACAUCUGCCAGACACACAAACUCUGGCUCCAUGUUGAUGCUUGUUGGGGCGGGGCAGCUCUACUCUCCAGAAGACAUCGGCACCUCCUGAAGGGCAUUCAGAGGGCAAACUCGGUGGCCUGGAAUCCACACAAGAUGCUGAUGGCAGGACUGCAGUGCUGUGCCUUCAUGGUCCGAGACAAAACGGGUCUGCUACAGAGGUGCCACUCUGCUCGGGCAUCCUACCUCUUCCAGCAGGACAAGUUCUAUGACAUCAGCUAUGACACAGGCGACAAGUCCAUCCAGUGCAGCCGGAAGCCUGACGCCUUUAAAUUCUGGCUGUUGUGGAAGGCAGUAGGAACCCAUGGCCUGGAGGAGAGAGUAAACAAGGCCAUUGCUCUGGCCAAGUAUUUGGCUAUGGAGAUACAGAAGAGAGAAGGUUUCCGGCUUCUGAUGGAGCCCGAAUACGCCAAUGUGUGCUUCUGGUAUAUCCCUCCCAGUCUACGGAAAAUGCCUGAAAGCAAAGAUUUCUGGGAGAAGAUCCAUAAUGUAAGUGCUUAAUUAGAGUCAUAACAAGUCUGGUAGAGUUAAACUAACAAAAUG